AUGGAAGACCAAGAAGAAAUCAUCUCACUCUCCGAUUCCACCUCCACCGACGACUACUCCGCCGACCCAGACGACUCCGAUCUCGAUCUCGGAGAAGAACAAGAACAAAACGAAGCUCGCCUCCAAAACGACGCCGUAUCCGUCAACCGUCGCAGACCCAAGGCCCGCCCUCCUCCGCCGUCCGUUCAAGACCGCAAAUCGAAGAACGUCGAUGCUCUCCUCAGCGGCAACCUUGUGGUUCAGAGACAGCCGCUGCUGCCGCGAGUGCUCUCGGUGAGUGAAGGAGCAAUAGUGUGUAGGAAGCCUUUUAAGCCGCCGUGCUCCAAAGGCUAUGAUGAUGGAAAUGACCAGCUGGCCAGGCGGCUCUCGGCACGCAGAAGGUUUGUUCCCUGGGGAGGUUCACCGAGUGCGCCGUUUGUUCCGGCUAUUGAGAGGCUUCCUGGUGACGCUGAGAAAGAUGUAGUGGAGGAGAGUGUGGCACUGCCGCCAGGAAUUGAGCCUUUGGUGUUGUGGCAACCUGAAGAAUUGGAGGAUGGGGAUGUUAACAUGGUGCAGAUAGUGGUGGAUCCGCUGCUUGUUCGCUUCCUUCGACCACAUCAAAGAGAAGGCGUUCAGUUCAUGUUUGAUUGUGUUGCGGGCUUAAAUGGUGCUGCAAAUAUACAUGGAUGUAUACUUGCAGAUGAUAUGGGUUUGGGAAAGACAUUGCAGUCAAUCACAUUACUUUAUACCCUUCUUCACCAAGGGUUUGAUGGGAAACCAAUGGUUAAAAAGGCCAUUAUAGUCACUCCCACCAGUCUUGUGAGCAAUUGGGAGGCUGAGAUAAAGAAGUGGGUCGGUGACAGAGUUCACCUCAUUGCACUUUGUGAAAGUACCAGAGAUGAUGUUGUUUCUGGAAUUGAUCAGUUCACAAGUACUCGCAACCGUUUGCAGGUCCUAAUUGUUUCUUAUGAGACAUUCCGAAUGCAUUGCACAAAAUUUAGCCACAGUGAAUCGUGUGACCUUCUUAUAUGUGAUGAGGCUCACAGGCUAAAGAAUGAUCAAACGAUGACAAAUAAAUCGUUGGCCGCUCUUUCAUGCAAGCGGAGGAUUUUGUUGUCAGGAACUCCAAUGCAGAAUGAUCUAGAAGAGUUCUUUGCCAUGGUUAACUUCACUAAUCCAGGAAUCUUAGGUGAUGCUGCACACUUCCGUCGGUACUAUGAGGCGCCUAUUAUUUGUGGAAGAGAACCUAAUGCGUGUGAAGAAGAGAGGAAGCUAGGUCUUGAGCGCUCUUCAGAAUUAAGUGCAAAAGUCAAUCAGUUUAUACUGCGGAGGACUAAUGCACUGCUUUCAAAUCAUUUGCCCCCAAAGAUAAUUGAAGUUGUCUGUUGCAAGUUAACUCCUCUCCAAUUAGACCUUUAUAACCAUUUUAUACAUUCCAAAAAUGUUAAACGAGCAAUCUCAGAAGACACAAAGCAAACAAAAAUAUUAGCUUAUAUAACUGCUUUAAAGAAGCUAUGCAAUCAUCCAAAGCUCAUCUAUGAUACUAUAAAAAGUGGAAGUCCGGGAACUUCAGGCUUUGAGGACUGUAUUCGCUUUUUUCCUCCACAGAUGUUCUCCGGAAGAUCUGGAUCAUGGACUGGUGGAGAUGGCACUUGGGUUGAACUUUCAGGAAAGAUGCAUGUUUUAGCUAGGUUACUUGCCCAGUUACGAAAGAAGACGUAUGACCGAAUUGUUCUUGUCUCAAACUAUACACAGACACUGGACCUCUUUGCUCAAUUGUGUCGAGAAAGAAGAUACCCAUAUUUGAGGCUUGACGGAUCAACAUCUAUCAGUAAAAGACAGAAGUUAGUGAACCAAUUUAAUGACCAAUCGAAGGAUGAAUUUGCGUUCCUCUUAAGCAGUAAGGCUGGAGGCUGUGGUCUCAAUUUGAUAGGUGGAAAUCGACUGGUGUUAUUUGAUCCUGAUUGGAAUCCAGCCAAUGAUAAACAAGCUGCUGCUAGAGUUUGGAGGGAUGGGCAAAAGAAGAGAGUAUACAUUUAUAGAUUUUUGAGUACAGGAACAAUUGAAGAAAAGGUUUACCAGCGUCAGAUGUCAAAAGAAGGGCUUCAGAAAGUUAUUCAGAAGGAACAGGCCAAAAGCCCGAUGGCACAGGGGAAUCUUUCAAUUGAGGACCUACGUGAUCUGUUCACAUUUCAUGAGAAUGUGAGGUCUGAUGUGCAUGAGAAGAUGAAUUGCAUCCGCUGUCAAACAUAUCAUGAUACACCUCAGAGUAUUACAGAGGGAGAUAUAAACCAAUCAACUCAUGAGAGCGGUGAGUCUGAUAUAGGCGGAUUUGCAGAAAUCACUGGAUGCUUACAGAAGUUAAAGAGCUCAGAGAAGCAGAUCGGGACACCUCUCGAGGAAGAUUUAAGUAACUGGGGGCAUCAUUUCUUCUCCACUUCAGUACCCGAUGCUAUUCUCCAAGCUUCGGCUGGCGAUGAGGUCACUUUUGUUUUUACAAACCAAGUGGAUGGGAAGCUUGUGCCUAUUGAAUCAAAAGCAAGCCCAAAGAUGCAGGAAGAAGAAGGAAAAGAGAAUCGUUUCAAAUCAAAGCAAAAUCUGAAUCAGAAAUCCAUGCUAAUGUCUUGGCAAAGAAAACCACUUGAAUCUCUUUCUUCAAGUGCAAAUACUACCAGAAGCACAUUAUCCGGCCCUUUCAGGCCCUCGCAAAACCCCACAGUGAAGUCAGGGAUAACUUCUUUGAAGGGUUCAGUUGCAUUGAAGCCUAAACUUUCUCUUGGGAAUCGAUUGCCUCAGAAGAGAUCUUCUCCUGAUACUAUUGAACAUGAUGAUGAUUUUCAGUAAGACUAACAGUUCUUAACAUUGUUAAUUGUUAAUAUGUGAUUGGUUUUCUAUAGAUCAACAACUUAAGGCGUCUCACAUCAUUUAGACAUUUACAAACAAAACUAGAUGGAAUCAUAUUAUGAUGGCCCCCUAGAUUCAGAAGGAUACACUGAAGUUACCGUAUAGUUUUCUAAAGGCUUGUAGAAAACAACACUAA